AUGAACCUCACAAACCUCCCCUCAGAAAUACACCUCCAGAUAUUCUCCUAUCUGCCCCAAGGCUGCAUCUACAACCUCCUCUUGACCUGUAAACAAAUCUAUCCAACCGCCCAUCAACAGCUCUGGUCCUGUUUGGGAUUCUUGUCCACAUUCACAGCCGAAAACACACCCUCAGAUUCCAACGACAUCAACGCAUAUUUGGCUAGAAUAUCAUUAUCAAGAAGGGAAAACUUUUUCCAUUUCCCCCGUAUCAUCACAUAUUCACGGUUUAACAAAUACCUCCUCCCUCCUUUGAGAUGGAGGAUAUUAAUCGACCCGAAUUUGAAUCCGAAUUCUUCAUCUAAUACAAAAAAUAAUGGAUGGGGACUCGUAAAGAGGAUUAUAUUAGGCGGCUUCGACGUCCUCCUUGAAGAUAAAUUGAUGAAUGCAUUAAGAGAAAAGAUCGAAGCAGGAAAUCUAAACCCCCAGUUUAUAGAAAUAUACCUCGGAGAUGGCCUCAACCACACCUACGACCCCUUAACCGCCGCCCGCUCCUUCUUCUCCACCAUAAACUCCCACGCAAACGCAGCAUUACUCAACCGUAAUAAAACCGAGUACAACCCCCCAUCACUAACCCUCCAAAUCCCCUCCAGCACAGCCCUAAAACUCGACUGCUUCCCUCUGAACACCAUCACAACCCUCUCCCUUGGAAUCUCCCCAUCGAGUAGGGAGGACUUCUUCAACCCUGCUUCCCAAAUCCUUCAAAUAGCUGAAUACCUAACCACCGCCUCAUCUUCUUUAAGAUCCCUGACACUAAAUAAUACUCACAACGGAACAGUUCUACAACCCCUCGAACAAUUCUCUUCGGUACUGGAAGCCUUACAACAGGCGUUUACGAAUCUAACCGCCCUCCAAAAACUAAAAUUCUCAUUCAGGUUUUUUAAUGCUUCGUUAUUUAUAUCACCCCCUGAGAACGUCAGGGUACUGUGUUACGAUGACUUCGAAGCAACGGAAGACUGGUGGUAUCAACUUUCGAAAGCAGAGUUAAGGAAUGUGGAAUGGUUGAAGGUUGGGAUCAGAUGGUAUCAUUGCGGUGUCAGUGGGGAUAAAAGUGAUGUCCCGAAUGUUGGAACUUUUAGUGGUAAAAAGCUUAAAUGUUUUUAUUUAGAGGGAAACAAGGGUUCUAUACCGAAGGGUCUUGCGGAUUGUGUUUUGAGGGCGAAUCCUGGGUUGGUUGAGAACGGGAAAGGGAGCUUUGGGUUGAAAGAUGGAGAUGUAAGAUAG